AUAAGAUAAAGAUGAGUGGACUGAGAUUUUUGCAUUAUAAAUAGUCUAAUUGCUACACGCUCAAGACACAACAAACGGUAACCACCAACAUCGAGCAUCGUGUUUGAUUCCCGCCUGGAAGCAUUGGGAAAGUUUUGGCCCAAUUUUAUUUGCACGUUUAAUUGGUUCGUUAUUGUGCUUUGUGCAUCAUUACAAUCAACAUGAAAGGACUCGCCGUAGUUGCCGCUGUGUUACUUUUUGCCUGCCUGGUAACUAGCCAGAGCAACAACUAUUUCUGGGGCGUUCGGGAUCCGCGUGACGUUCUGCUGAAUCGCACAAUUGCGGUCCGUUCCGGUACGAUUCUGCAGGUGAAAUCGAUUGAUCUCGUGUAUCCGCUAAAGGGCCAAGUGGGACGCAACAUUUCCGCCAUUACCGUGCUUGACCAGUACAUUAAUGGAAAGGGCGGGUACGCUAGUUUGUAUGCUGGCGGUAUCGGAUACAACUAUACGACGAUCCAUCUGAAAUCGCAGCGCGGCAACGGGUACAACUUUAUUGUGGAAAUUUACGGCCGAUAGAAUGGCAAAGGUGUCGUGUGAAUGGCGCCCGGCCGUUGUGAGAUACAUUGACGCAACCUAAUGAUCAAAUGUUGUUAUCAGUUUUCGGCUGAGAUUCAAAACGAUACGGGUGGCUCCCGGGUGCCGAAACAAAAAAAAAACAACAACAACGAAUAGGAGCCACCAUUUAUCACAACAACAGCCACGCGAUGGAAGCGCCUCGAAGGCAAAUGAUGCUGUCAGCGGAACUUAAAUUACAAACCGGCCUUUGCAGUCAAUGUGGAAGCUGUUAAAAUGUAGCAGUAAAUUUAUUUUAAUGCAACACGAAAUAA